AUGCCGCAGCUGAACGGCGGUGGAGGGGACGACCUGGGCGCCAACGAUGAACUGAUCUCUUUCAAAGACGAAGGGGAGCAGGAAGAGAAGAUCUCCGAGAACUCCUCGGCCGAGAGGGAUUUAGCUGAUGUCAAGUCGUCUCUCGUCAAUGAAUCAGAAACGAAUCAAAACAGCUCCUCAGACUCGGAGGCGGAACGGCGGCCCCCGCCUCGGUCCGAAACUUUCAGAGAUAAAUCCCGGGAAAGUUUAGAGGAAGCUGCGAAGAGGCAAGAUGGAGGGUUGUUUAAGGGCCCACCAUACCCGGGUUAUCCCUUUAUAAUGAUCCCCGACCUCAGCAGCCCGUAUCUGCCCAAUGGAUCGCUCUCUCCGACGGCGAGAACGUAUCUGCAGAUGAAAUGGCCACUGCUUGAUGUUCAGGCAGGGAGCCUUCAGAGUAGACAAGCCCUCAAGGAUGCUAGGUCUCCAUCUCCAGCACACAUUGUUUCUAACAAAGUGCCAGUUGUGCAGCACCCACAUCAUGUACACCCUCUUACGCCGCUUAUCACAUACAGCAAUGAGCACUUCACACCGGGAAACCCUCCUCCACACUUACCAGCAGAUGUAGAUCCCAAAACAGGAAUUCCAAGGCCUCCACAUCCUCCAGAUAUAUCUCCUUAUUAUCCAUUAUCACCCGGCACUGUAGGACAAAUCCCCCAUCCGCUAGGAUGGUUAGUACCACAGCAAGGUCAGCCAGUGUACCCAAUCACGACAGGGGGUUUCCGCCACCCUUACCCAACAGCUCUGACCGUCAAUGCUUCCAUGUCAAGGUUUCCUCCACACAUGGUCCCGCCACAUCAUAGUUUACACACAACUGGAAUCCCUCAUCCGGCCAUAGUCACACCAACAGUCAAACAGGAAUCUUCCCAGAGCGACGUCGGCUCACUCCACAGCUCAAAACAUCAGGACUCCAAAAAAGAAGAAGAGAAAAAGAAGCCACACAUAAAGAAACCUCUUAAUGCAUUUAUGUUGUAUAUGAAGGAAAUGAGAGCAAAAGUUGUAGCAGAAUGCACAUUGAAAGAGAGCGCAGCCAUCAACCAAAUCCUCGGUCGAAGGUGGCACGCGUUAUCCAGAGAAGAACAAGCGAAAUACUAUGAACUAGCAAGAAAGGAGCGACAGCUUCACAUGCAGCUGUACCCAGGCUGGUCCGCACGGGAUAACUAUGGAAAGAAGAAGAAGAGGAAAAGAGAUAAGCAGCCAGGAGAGACCAAUGAACACAGCGAAUGUUUCCUAAAUCCUUGCCUUUCACUUCCUCCGAUUACAGACCUGAGCGCUCCUAAGAAAUGCCGAGCGCGCUUUGGCCUUGAUCAACAGAAUAACUGGUGCGGCCCCUGCAGGAGAAAAAAAAAGUGCGUUCGCUACAUACAAGGUGAAGGCAGCUGCGUCAGCCCACCCUCUUCAGAUGGAAGCUUACUAGACUCUCCUCCGUCCUCCCCCGCCAUGCUCGCCUCCCCCUCCAGAGACUCGAAACCACAGACUGAACAAACGCAACCCCUCUCGCUCUCAUUGAAGCCCGACCCGCUGGCACACCUGGUCAUGAUGCCGCCGCCCUCCUCGCUCGUCCUCGCCGAGAGCGCUGCGAGCAAGCCCGGCACCCUGCCUGCCGCCAGCUGCCCCAACGGGGCCCUGGACCAUCCGCCGGCCGCCCUCUCGCCGGCCGCCGCCGCAUCCCUAGCACAGCCCUCGACGUCCUCCUUGCAUUCCCACAGCUCGCUGGCAGGGACACAGCCCCAGCCGCUCUCCCUCGUAACCAAGUCCUUAGAAUAG